AUGGUGGUGGUGCUUCUUUAUGUGGAUGACAUAAUCUUGACGGGCAGUAACUAUGAUGAGGUUGCUCAUCUACAAGAUGAGCUUUCGUUUCGUUUUGAGAUGAAGAAGCUAGGUGAACUUGGAACAUUCCUUGGUCUGCAAAUCGAAAAUUUCGAUAAAGGGUUGUUUGUAUCGCAGAUCAACUACGCAAAGAAGUUGGUAGAAAAAUUUGGUAUGACUGAUGGAAAAAAGAGCUAUACUCCUCUCGACAUAAAUCCCAGACUUAGUCGAGAUGAAAGAACAUGUCUACCAGAUCCUCGUCCUUAUCGUGCUCUUGUGGAAAGCUUGAUUUAUCUGACUAUAACAAGGCCUGACAUUACUUAUGCAGUUGGAGUGGUGAGUCAAUACAUGCAGGAGCCAAGAAAACCACACCUCGAAGAAGCGAAGAAAAUUCUGAAGUAUAUUAAUACCUCACUAGAUAUUGGUCUACUCUACGAAAAAGAUGCAAAAUUCAUCUUGCAAGGAUAUGUAGAUGCUGACUUUGCUAGAGAUCGAGACGAUCGAAGGUUCACAUCUGGGUUUGUUUUUAUUUGUGGAAACACUAGCAUAUAUUGGAGUAGCAGAAAACAAGGAUCGACAUCCUUAUCUACAACAGAAGCAGAAUACAAAGCAUCAACUCACGCAACACAGUAG